UCUCUUACUCUGAAUCUCGUGUGGCACUCACUGAUAAAUAGGUUAGACCCGACCAAGUUUAACAGCAAACCAAACAGUUCUUUUUUGAAAAAAAAAAAAAGAGAGUGAUGGCUGAGGGUGCUGUUCUUCAAGUUUUGCUGGAAACAGUCAAAAAUUUGAUAAUUAAUGAGGUAUCUCUUAUGAUAGGAGUCGAAGGGCAAAUAGUUAAGCUUCAGGAUAUGCUGGAUUGGAUGCAUCUGUCCAUCAUAGAAGCAGAUGAAGCGUUUAUAUCAGAUAAAAAGCUGAAGCUUUGGGUGAUGAAAAUGCGUGAAAUUAUGUUCGACACAGAGGAUGCUAUCGAUGGAUUUAUCCUGGAGAUUGUUCACCCUAGACGAUUUCAAAAGGAUCCCGGAGCUCUCACAGCCGUCAUCAAAAAUGUCCUCCUCCCACUCAUAAAACCAAUUUCUUUGCGCGAGUAUGGAAGACGAAUUGAGAAUAUCAACACCAGGGUACAAAACCUGAAAGACAACAAGGAAAAUUUUUGGUUUGAUACAAGUGCAAACACUACUGGUGGUUGCGCUGAGUCUUCAAACCAACUCUCACAAUCACCAUCGUUGCAACAAAAGAUAACGGAAAGAAGAGCUGCAAUUGCCGCUGAGGAAAUCGGGGAUACCAUCCAUAUUCACGAGGAUAGUGUGAGACAAGUCAAGUCACUGCUUACGGGAGAUGAAUGCGACGAUAAAAGACUACGCGUAAUUUCGAUCAUAGGCAUGGGUGGAGUAGGUAAAACUACGUUGUCUAGGAAUAUUUACAAACUUAUGCAUCAAUUUGAUCGUCGUGCGUUUGUUUAUAUAUCCAAAUCAUAUAAGCCCCAAGAAGUUCUAAGGAGCAUUGUGAAAUGCUUUCCUUCCAUCUCCUGCGAAGGGGAGUUGACGAAUAAGACGCUCCAUGAUUUUCUGAAGGAGAAGAAAUACUUGAUAGUGUUAGACGACGUAUGGGAUAUAACAGCUUGGGAUGGUUUAAAAAGCUCUUUCCCGGAAGACAAAAAUGGAAGCAGAGUGCUGCUUACCACACGUCAUGAAGAUGUCGCUAAUACUGCCAGCUCUCAUACCACCAACAUCCACAGGCUCUCUGUUAUAAAUAAAGAUGAGAGUUGGAGGUUAUUCCUGAAGAAAAUGUUUCCAUCGGAAGAUACAAAUACUUCUGAACAAGUUAUUGAUUCAAAAAACUUGGUGCCCCUCGGGAAGGAGAUGGUGAGAAAGUGUUACGGGUUACCCCUCGCGAUAGUGGUUCUUGGAAGCCUCUUAUUGACCAGACAAAGAACAGUAAAUGAGUGGCGUAAAGUAAAUGAUGCAGUAAACCGGCAUCUGUCUCAAGUUGAUGGCGAUCCUUCACUCAUAUGUUCAGGAAUUCUAGCAUUGAGUUAUGAUUACUUGCCCUAUUACUUGAAGCCAUGCUUUCUCUAUAUGAGUCUCUUUCCUGAAGGUACCAAGAUCCGCGCCACAAAAUUGUUUCAAUACUGGAUCGCAGAAGGAUUCGUACGAAAGGAAGAACAAGAAACAUUGGAAGACAUUGCGGAAAAUCAUCUGGAAGAAUUAAUACGUAGAAGCUUGAUCCAGGUCAGCAAAUUGAGAUGUGAUGGAAGAGUAAAAACUUGCCGCAUCCACAAUCUACUUCGUGAUAUCUCUAUCACAGAAUCUAAAGGUGGUCAGUUUUCAAAAACUUAUGAUAGCAUCGAUAAAUUUUAUAUAGACCAAGACAGCAGCCGCCGAGUUUCUGUGUACUGUAAAAAAACUGAGUCGAACGAGAAGUACUUGACCGAAUUUAAUUACAAAAAAAUUCGUUCUUUGAUCUGUCAAGAUGCUCGUUUUACUGAAGGCACCAAGUUAGCCUCUUUAUUCGGAGGUUUCAAAUCACUAAGGGUGCUGGAAAUUUACAGUUGUACUAAAGGUGGUGUUUCAUUACCAGAGGAGAUAGGAGACCUCAUACAUCUGAAGUAUUUGAGCUUAGAAAAAUCGAAGCUAAAUAAGGUCAACACGAGUUUCUUGAGUAAACUUGUCAAUCUGCAAACUCUUAAUCUCAAGGAUUGCAAUUGUGAGCUCAGGUUGGGUGAUCAUAUUUGGAGCCUGCGCCAACUGCGAAAUUUAUAUCUGGAUAUCGUUAAACCUAGAGCAAAUAAAAGCAUGUUUUCACGGAAUGCUCCCACUGAUAAGCUAAAUAUUGGUAAUCUAGAGAAUCUUCAUUCCUUAGUCAUCAAGGCUGGGGAUUGGUUAAAUAAUGGCGGGUUGGAAAAAUUGAGUUCCCUCAGAAAGUUAAGGAUAGAAGAAUGUCUCAGUUCACACUCUCUCCGUAUUUCCAAUGCCGUCGUCAAGUUGACAGAAGUUCGAUCCUUGGCGCUGAUAUGUAAAACCUCUUCUACACCAUUACCCAGUGAAGGAGUACCCCUAAUAUCUUUCGAAUUCUCAAAACAUACUUUUCUCAGUAGUUUACGUUAUAAAGGAGAAAUCCCUGGAUGGCCGACAAGUCCUAUUUCAUUCCCGCCAUACCUUUGUAAGCUUAAGAUGGAGUCGUCGCGGAUUAAGGAGGACCCAAUGCCGAUUCUAGAGAAGCUUCUUCCAAACUUAACGCUUCUACAUUUAGGAAUUGAUUCUUUUCAAGGAAAGGAAAUGGUUUGCUCAAAAGGAGGUUUUAGCUGUCUUGAAACCUUGAAGGUUUACUGGACAGAGAACUUGGAGCGAUGGACAAUAGAGGAGGGAGCACUAACAAACCUUGUGAACUUAAAAAUUCGUGGUUGCAUAAAGUUGAAGAGGAUUCCUCCUGGUUUGCAACAUUUGAUAAAGCUUCAAAAAUUAAAUGUAGUGGAUAUGCCACUUCUGUUCCAGAAUAGGUUGAAAGAGGCGGGAAAGGAUUGGGACAAGAUCAAACAUAUUCCUGCCGUGGGCAGACUUGGGUGGGGUUGAUUUUAUUCACUGUAAUUUUUAGCUUUUAUUUGUACCGUCGGUGCUGUUGU